AUGGUUUCCUCCUUCUGCUGGAGCUGCCUUACGCGGCUUCCUACCGCUCCCCGAGCUAUCCUCCCGCCGACAUUAACAGCACAGCGAGUAGCAGCAUUCCACUCGUCAACGCCGCUCCUCGCGGGAGCUAAGAAGAAGGGCGAUUUACCGGUUGCCAAGUACCGUCAAGCUAAAUCCGCCAAAAUGAAGAAGAAGAAGCCCGUUGAGAGGACGCGUCCUCCGGCUGUCGGAGAACGCAGAGCGCUCCGCAAACGCAUCGUCCUCAGCAACCCUAACGCUCUCGAAGUCGAAGACAUGCAGGACCUCUCUGCGGAAAACAUGGUGGAUGCGCGCCUUCGUGGCUCCAUCCUGGGUCUUCCUGUGCCCAUGCUCGAUCAAUUGAGGGCUGUCCAGGCUUUCAAGCCCAAGCAGGGCUGGUCUAUAUUCCGUCGGCCGGGAACGGUGGUUAGGCGUGAGACGCUCGAGCUGGGAAGACUCAUUGACGGUAUCUCCGCUGAGGAGGGCGAGAACAAGGGAAAGGUCGUCAGAAAGAUCAUCACCGGUGUGAAGGGCUCCGGAAAGUCCGUCCACAUGCUGCAGGCCAUGUCUAUGGCUUUCACCAAGGAGUGGGUUGUGAUCACGGUUCCUGAAGCCCAGGAUCUCGUCAUUGCCAACACCGCCUACGCACCCCUCUCCGAUGAGAACCCGAACGUUUACGUCCAGAACGAUGCCACCGCCGCUCUCCUGUCUCGCAUCGUCACCGCAAACCAGAAGGUUCUGUCCAAAUUGACCGUCUCCCAGCCCCAUCCCGCUCUGAAGACGGCCGUCAAGCCCGGCAUGACCCUCGAGGCUCUCGCCAAGCCCGGUAUCCAGGACCCCGCUGUCGCAUGGAGCGUCUUCCAGGCCCUGUGGACCGAACUCACCGCCACGGCCCCGGCCGCCGGCUUCGAGAAGGGCUUCAAGCCCCGUCCUCCCAUGCUCGUGACCCUGGACAACCUGGCCCACUGGAUGAAGGAGACCAAGUACAACAACAUUGACUGCAAGCCCAUCCACGCCCAUGACCUCGUCUUCGUCCAGCACUUCCUCUCCCUCCUGAAGCCCAGCACCGAGGCCGGCAAGCCCUCCCUCCCCAACGGCGGUCUCAUCCUCUACGCCACCUCCGGCUCCAACAGCCCCACCGUCUACGGCUUCGAAGUCGCUCUCCAGCAGCUCGCUGCCCGCCAGGCCGGCAUCAAGCCCUCCUCUCCGGAAUUCCCUCAACCCGACCCCUACCUCAACGCAGACAAGCGCGUCCUCGCCGUCUUCAACGACUCCGCUUCUACCAAGUCCCCGGCCUCCAAGGACCGCUCUCUCGAGCUCCAGACCAUCGGCGGUCUCACUCGUGACGAGGCCCAGGGCUUCAUGGAAUACUUCGCCCGCAGCGGUCUCCUCCGUGAGAACAUCACCGACACCUGGGUUGGCGAGAAGUGGAGUUUGGCCGGUGGAGGCGUUAUCGGUGAGCUCGAGAAGCUCGGUAGACGGCUGAGAGUCAUUGCUUAA